AGGACCGCCGUGUGAGGUUGGAUACGAAGCGAUUGACCGCGGCUUUCUCUGAUUUUGUGUCAGGAAGACUACUGAUUCCGUCAAGAUGUGCAAGUUCAACUUGAUCGAUGUUAUCAGCACCAGCAUCGACCCGCUCUCGGGAUGGAUGGAGCAGAAGGCGUCCCCGGAGUGCUGGGAGUAUCCGAUGAUGGCGCCACCUAUACUCGACGACGUGGCGCCACCUUUGGACCCGCAGCCAGGUGCGGAGGGCCUCAUCCCGGACGACCUGCAGGACCUGUUCCUGGACGGUCCGUCGGUGAGCGGGCCGUCGCUGCCCGGCGGCGACGCUGACUCGCUGCUGGAUGACCUGCUGUCGGGCCCGUCGAGCCCGGCCGUGUUCGGCACGCUCUCGCCGCUGUCGCCCCUCUCGUCAUCGGACGCCGGCAGUCCGGCCUGCCCGCCCGAAAUUAUGGACCUGCUGCCGCCGCCGGCCCUCUCGCCGGACCCGCUGCUGCCCCAGCAGAUGUCUCUGGACGGCUGGGUGCCGACUCUGUCUCCACCGCCGAGCGACCCGUUCUCGCCGCCGGUGGCUUGUGAGGAGCUGCGUGGCCAGUCGGCCGGGCCCGAUUGGUCGCCGCCGACGCUAGCGCCGCCUGCCAAGCGGCGCCAGGCUCGGCCCCGGCCCUACGACAAACCGACGCGUCGCCAGGUCACCGAGCAGGAGCGGCGUGAGCGCAAGAAGGAGCAGAACAAGACGGCCGCCACCCGGUACCGUCAGAAGAAGAAGGAGGAGCAGGAGUUGGCCUGCACCGACCAGGAGGUGCUGCAGGCGCGCAACAGCCAGCUGAAGGAGCGCGUCAACACCCUCACGCGCGAGCUGGCGUACCUCAGACACCUGAUGCAGGAGGUGGCCAAGUACAAGCACACCAUGUAGGCGGCGUGGGCCGGCGGCGCGCGCGACCCGGCGGCGGGCCCCGGUGCGGGGCUGCGUGGCGUUGACGUCGGCCGGCUGUGGAGCACAAGCGGUGAGCGGUGGUGAGGGCGGCGCGCGCGACCCGGCGGCGGGCCCCGGUGCGGGGCUGCGUGGCGUUGACGUCGGCCGGCUGUGGAGCACAAGCGGCGAGCGGUGGUGAGGGCGGCGUAGCGCGCCGUCCGUCGCGCGCGGACGGCGCCGCUGAGGCCGCACCCCCCGACGGGCCACCGGAACGACCGCGGGCAGCGAGCCGUUGGCGGCUGGAGUCAGGCGGCGCUGGCAGACUACGGGGCCACGCCGCCGCAGCGGUGCCAUCUCGCGGAGGGCGGCGACACUGCGGCUUGCGCCGGCCGCCGCGGUGGUGUCUUGCCAUAUCGUGGAGCGAACCGAAAACACUAGUUGUGAUACUGGGCGGCGUGGGGCCCCAGCACGUUGGUGAGACUUCAGUACAAAGUGAUCUGGGGCGGCGGGAGUGUGCGGAGAAAAGCAGAGCCGUGCUGGGACGGUUGGGCCGGCACGGCGGCACUGUGCCGGCCCGGGGGUUGCCGUGUCACCGCUGUGAGCGGCCGACUGCUGCCGCCCUCGUGUGGACCGUCGACGGCGAUGUCUGGCCCGGAGCGGAGCUGUAAAUAAUCGCUGGAUCGGCACGAGCGAUGUAGUGUUAAGAGCUGCCUCCGCGGUUUCCAUGUCCAGGCUGCGCUGAGAGUUCUGGCGACAAACCGUAGGCUUGUGUUGUACAGUUGUGAACCACUGACACUCGUCUGCGUGCCUGGGCGCGGAUGGGCGCAUUGCCGGCGGGUUCUGGCAGUCUCCCCCGAUGGAUCUAAUCAUGCUAAGCGUGUCAGGCGUACCGACCCUGGGGCACUGCAUGUGUCGUGGUUUCAUGUUUGAAGUGCGCCUGGGUCGUGCACGUGCGACUGGCAAAUUACUAUGGCGCUGAGCGCAUUUGCAUGCGCGCUAAGCGUCCGUGCCUUGGUCGGGAUCCACCCAUUCGUACACAUACGUUGCUUAUUACGUUGUCUAUACCGGAGCGAUUGCAGUCCGGGCGCCGCUGCUGCUACCGAGGCGCCGAGCUGCACCAGCUGCCUUUCUGGCCGUUUCCAGCAAAUUUCGCCCAUUUUCUCUGACGGCCGCCAGCGUGCCCGCUUUGUCAGCCGCACUCACCGUCUGCUUGAUCUCCGUGUUCGUGAUGAGCAGAAGGCAGAUGUAAGGUUCCGGGCGUGCCCCGGACGGCUGUGUGUAGCGCGCGGCUUCUUUGGACCAUCGUCGUGGUGCUCUUUUUAGAUACGUACCUUGCUGUUCGGUGCCGACCCGUUUGCUGCUGAUGUGUAACGCCUCCUAGUUGUAGACACUGGAACCUGCAGGGUAUUGCCCAUGUGCGUGUCGUGUGGGCCUGUGCUGGUUGGUAUUUGCGGCGAAUGGAAAAAUGGCCGGGUGGAGGAAAA